CCCAACAAUUGUUCUGACUAAAGAUCUUCAAGAAUACGGACUGGGGCUUGCUCAUCGUGCUUGGAAUGAGGCGAUCUGAGUAGUAGUUGAACCUAAUUCCCAAAGACAGAUCACCCCCAGUGUCUUAACUCACCAAGCUGUUAACAGCAGACCUCCAGUCGACAACGUGGCCUUAACAAUUACUACCGCAUGAAAAAACAGCUUUGUAUGCAUUUUGAGUAAGAGCAGAAAGGGAGCAUGCACACAUGUACGUGUGACGCAAGAAGCAAUGUAGGGCUUUUUGGGGGGCACACUACAGUCUAGUUAAAAGAGAGAAUGCACCUCAGGGUGCAUGAGCCUAAGUCCAGCUGUCAGCACUGAGAAAGAAAAUAAAUAAAUAAAUCACUGUGGAGACAUUUGGUGACUAAAAAAGAACUUUGAAAAUGAUGCGUUGUAGUACAAUGCAUAUAGUUUAAAUCUAUUGCUAAAGAUAUGACAAACAACCACCAAAUCAUUUUGGAGGUGUUUCACAACACUUUAUAGCCUCUUAUUGUAACUACUUUUAAGUGGGUAUAGUUACUGUAUUUGACAAUUACAAUGUUUAGGACGAGUUGAAAAGCAAUUUGUAUCGACAAAAGCAAUAUAUGUACGAAACUAAGAUGAUGAUGUUGUUGUUUUUUUACGAAAAUACAAGUGUACCCUUCACGAGAUACCAACGAUACACGACAAAGUACAAAGAAACGUCAAGAGGACGCCAUGCAAAAGGGAUAACGGACCGUGCUUGUUAAGCGGAGCUGCGUUUUAGGAAACACAAUCCAAUCUCGGGUAAUAAUUACAAUGACGGAGACCGGCGAAGCAGAACAGGAAGCGGUCGUCAAGAAGCUGGCGUACAGCUUCCCGAUCGUCAGGCACACCGACAUGCCCGAUGAAAUGAAGGAGGAGGCCAUCGCGCUGUGUGUAUCGGCGUUCGAGAAGUUUGACAACAACAACGAGAACGCUGCCAAGUUGGUCAAAGAUUCCAUGGACAAGAGGUUCGGCACUGCGUGGCACGUGGUGAUCGGCGAAGGUUUCGGCUUCGGCGUCACGCACGAGGCCAAGCAUCUGUUGUACAUGUUUUACGGGGGGAGCUUGGCAGUUUGUAUUUGGAAGUGCUGCUAGCAGCCGCAAGAUUCCCGAUCAACCGUCAUCUGAAGAUUUUAACCACAGCCAGUUUUGUUGGAAUGUGGCAACGAAGACAACGUCCUUGUUUAUUGCAGAGCUUCUUCUUCACGGCGGAUUUUGUUGUGUUCCCUCAUUAGCGCCAUCUGUUGUCUGGCGUUUGUAGUGGCGCGCAUGAGCAGAAGGAGCAAAACUCCCUCCCCUCCACCGAAGAUUUGAUACUGCAUGGAAUCAUUACAUUGUCUCUUUACAACAAAUACUCUAUUAAUUUAACGUACCAUUUGUGAAAUGGAAAAUCAUGUUUAACAUGAGCACAAUUUUCUCAAUAAA